CGUGAACAUGCUGUCUUCUCCGUCAUCAAGUAGUGCAGCAGUCGCUUCGCCACCUUCUGGUACUGGUGCUUCUUCAUCAGUAGCUCCUGCACUACACCAGCAGCAGGAUCAUGCGCGACUUCAGCAGCUUUCGCCUUCUAUGUUCUCUCUUUCACCGCAACUAGUCGGACAACAUCAGCCGCCAGGGCUUGUGAGUACAACAAGUCAAAACUACAAUAAUAUGCUGAUUAACAGCACUUCUGCCAGCUCGUCUUCGGCACAUCAUGGAGCCAGCACCAUCUCCGCCUCAACAACUCCCUACAACCUAGUUCAACACCCGACUUCGAUGACCUCUCAUGGCCAAGCUGGGAACUACAAUGGCGGCCACCAUCACCCUGGUCUUGGUGGCCACCUUGCUUCCGGUGCCGUGUAUCUUCACCACCUACAACUCCAACAGCAACAAAUUACCGCUCCGACAUCAGUGCACCAAAUUCUCACCUCACACCACCGCUCGUGGGCCAUGGUUAAGUAUGUCGGGAGUAUGCGACGAGGAGUUGGUUGGAAGUUGCAAGAACGGGCUGCCGAGUUCAUCAGACAACACGAUCCAAGGUGCAAAAGCUUAUUUUUAAGGCAACUACUUAAUAAGUACGCUAAAUCACUUAGUAGUUACCCCAGCAGUCCAUCUAUGAUAAUUAGUAGAUGAAUUGUGGUAACUACCCAUCAACGAUGGGGAAACCAAAACUACACGUUUUCCAAGAUGUAGUUGGGUUCCGCCAAGAGCAUUAUGAGUAGAUACAACUACUAGAGUGUACCAGAACCAUCAACAAAACCAUGUUAGUAUGAUUACCGAAAGUGAUAGCAGCUCUAAUUUGUGCUGGAGCCUGGCUCGAGUAUGAGCAUUCUUGGCUGUCGCAUUAUCGUUGGGGCUACGAUUUUGUUUCUCCGGACGAGUGGCCUCGUGGCCAGCUUUUCAAUUACGCCAAAGGAAUACUGAGCAUGGUGAGGAGACUGUAGUAGGCAUGAUACUGAGCAUGACGAGGCGACUGUAGUUGUAGGUAUGAUAUCGCGCUUGCGUGUGGUGAGGAGACUGUAGCUCUAGACUCGAAACUAUUCGAAAACCAGAGGAACUGGAACUUGCCUGUGAUUCUGGGUUAUAGGCGUUCUGCAUGAAGACGAGUUGCGCCUAGUAGACGCACGCCUGAAUCAUCCAGGAUGCUGGUCGUUUGGCUACGAUGUAGAUGAUCACGAGUGUUAGAACGACAAAUAAUGCGACCACCUAUCGUCCCUAACACCGCUCCCAGCAAGAUUGCUUCAGCUCAAUAUACAGGAUCUGGAUCUGCUGAGUAGAGGUUCUAUUUCCUACUUCUAGACUUGUUGAAGAAGGACCACUCGUCCCUACUUGUUGGCCAUGAUAUAGAACCUAGGAUUGGCACUUGGACAUGGUCACUUGUUCUUGAAGUAGGUUUAUGUCCUCUGAAAAUCUCCGGAAAAGAUUCCUGUACUUCAAUGUCUGCUUCUCCUGUACUUCGAAGAGGUAUCCGUGUGCACAUUUAAUAAUAAAUAAAUGGUGCGUACGCCGCACUGGUGCUAGAAGUAGAAUGAUUUUUUUUUACUUGACAAGUAUGUCGUUGAAGGCAAACAACCACUACAAACCAACGCAGUGAUCGUCUGCAAGACAAAAGAGUGCUUGAGAAGACCUCCAC